UCAUCCUCAUCCUCAGCCUCCACCUCUGAACUGCUGGAGUGCCCGCUGUGCCUGCUGCGCCACACCAGAGACCGCUUCCCUGACAUCAUGACAUGCCACCACCGCUCUUGUGCCGACUGCCUCCGACAGUAUCUGCGCAUCGAGAUCUCUGAGAGCAGGGUCAACAUCAGCUGCCCAGAGUGCUCCGAGCGCUUCAACCCCCACGACAUCCGCAUGAUACUCAACGACCGUGUGCUCAUGGAGAAAUAUGAGGAGUUCAUGCUGCGCCGCUGGCUGGUGGCCGACCCUGACUGCCGCUGGUGCCCUGCUCCAGACUGCGGGUUGCAACUUUACAGAUCUUGUAUACUGUAUGCACAAACAGCUUGUAACACUCCAAAGACAAAGGAAAACCUGAAAUCACAUCACAUGACUCCUUUAAAUGUGCUGUUUGUGUUUCUCAGGUUGGAAGUUCAAGCUGAUGUCCAAAAGGAGCGUUGCAGUCUGAGCGGGGAGUCCGGCACCGUCAGUCUGGGGACAAUCAGCGACAACGCUAGUACCAAAGCAAUGGCUGGAUCCAUUCUCAAUGCCUACCUGCCUCUGGACAGGGAUGGGAACAGUAUGGAGGUGCAGGUGAAUGUGGAGUCCAAGCGAGGGAAGCUCAGGCACCACAGUGGCAGCAGCAGUAUGGACGACGGCAGCAGCGGAGGACACGGGCCCGGCGUUUGCCCCGCCGGCUGUCCCCACGAGGGCAAGUGCGUUACCUCUCGCUGGGCCAAGGAGCCGUCCUCCACCUCUUCCUCCUCCUCCGGCAAGAAGUGCAAAGGUAAGCUGCGCAAAAAGAGCGGCGGAACCAAGAUCAACGAAACGCGAGAAGACAUGGACGCCCAGCUGCUGGAGCGCCGCAGCACCAACUCCAGCGAGUUAGACUCGCCCUCUCUGAGCGGCAGCCUGCCGUCUGUGGCCGACUCACACUCCAGCCACUUCUCAGAGUUCAGCUGCUCCGACCUGGAUGCCUGCAGACCGCCCUGCUUUGAGUCUCACGUCCGACAACCCAACACGGGCGGAGCGGUCAGCCCACUUCCAGAGGUCGAGAACGACCGGCUGGAGAACUGUCCCGUUCCGCAAGCUGCGGUCGCCCCUCUGACACCUGACGGGCCGGCAGAGCGCCCGCUAUGCUACAUUGCGGAGGAGAAUGUGAGUUUAAUAUGCGCGGCUGCCGCGGGCCAGAGCUCGCCUAAAGAACGCAAUAACCUUCCUCAGCCGACUAGUCCUGUGCGUAACGCCUGCGUUCAAACAGAGAUAUAAGCAGACACACAUGCUAGCUUUCACAGCUAACCUUCAUUACCAAGGAUUGCACACUGAACUGAAGAUUUCAAAGCUCGUUUCAUGGAGGUUUAACAUCCCGGUUGGUCAAUUGUUUUGUUUUGUUUUUUUUUGAACGUUAGAGAAGGAAGGGCAGGAGGAAAAGGCUCAAGGUUUCAGAAAGAUCGCUGUGAUCAAAGGUUACCGUUUGACCGACACUCGGUCAGCGCUUACAGUUGGACCGAAGCUUGGAUAAGAUUCAGAAAGGCAACAGAUGAAUGUAAGGCGGGAAGUGAUGCACAGAGACUGAAGAUGCUGAUGUAGCUGUCAAUCACACAUGCCUCUGUUUCAGUGUUCAGUGUCGCUGAGAUGAAGAACCUCACCGGCGAGGAGUGAGACGUGUCCAGCUCGUUUUUCAACCCCAAAAUUAAAAG